AUGGCCGACGAGGCGGAUCAGAAGCUCGAAUUGCAUCCGCAUACCGUAGAUAAGGGCAGCAAGAGCAAUGGCGCCGAUGCACCCUCCUCAUCGUCUGCGCCGUCGAAGGCGACUGCUGCCGGCCCGAUACCCAUGUGGAUGCCCUCGAUCCUGCGCAAUUCAGGCACCACUUCGCAGUCAAACCACCUAGAACACCUCUUGGCUUCCUCCUCCUCCUCCUACCCACCCUCCGCGCCACGCGACACCCGUUCUCGCGCUUCCAACAAAGAACCGCAACUCGGACGACGCAAACAACGACGCUCGGACAACGCGAGGCUGCUCUCGAACCCACACGCCGUUCGACCCACGAUCAAGGACUACCGUCUGCACAGCAAUGAGAUCCGUUCCACGUUCCCCUCUGCGGGAGGUGGUAAGCCACACAGCGUUCCCGUGCCGUCGAGCAGCCGCGUGGGGUACUCGGAACCGGUGCACGAUCCGACGACGGCGAACCAGGGGCAUUUCGGCAAGAGUCUGCGCGAUGCACAGCGUGUAUUGAAGCGGCUCGAGACGGGCAACAUCGACGAUGAAAUGAUCCGGCAGGACAGGGCUGGUGACCUGGAGCGCUUUAUCUGGUUGGUCGAUCGAGAGAUCCGCGGAUGGGCGGAGGGGGAUGUGUUUGUCUUCGCCACCGAGCAGGGCAGAGAUCGCAAGGCAGGCACAGUGCUUCUCGAUGAGUCGUUCGGCUUCACAACUUCGCCAUUCGAAAUCGAGGCACAGCGAAAAGCGCAACCACUGCCGACGGUGGAUCUGGACUCGAUACAGCCAGAGGCGGGUGGGCAGCUGAUCGAGUUCCAACGCACCCCGAAUGCGCUGGUCUGGCUGGUGCACGAUCCGUUCCUGCGGCUCAUCGUGCACUGCCUUGCGCGAGUUUCACGCUGCCCCUCGUUCUCCAAGGACGACCCCUCCCGACCAGGACUGCGCUUCACGUGGAUUCUGAACCGCAACCCCCUCGCAAGGCGCAGCAGACGCGGUCGAAGGGUGUCUGUCUCCAGCUCCAACAUGUCGACCUCCGUCGUUGCCGUCGCAGCGCAAUCACGUCGACCAGCUGUGAUCCCGCGCCACCUUGUGGGAGGCUCGCUCGAGACCCCACCGACGACCGACUUUGACUCGCAGACCGAGAGCGAGCUGGACACGGAUACGGCUGUGGCGAGCGAGCUGGCGGAUUCGCUCGUCAUCGUACCGCCGCAAGCCGAGGAGGGCGAGGAGGCGCGAGAGCAAGGCGUGGAAACGGACGAGGAGGAAGCAGAUAUUCUGAGGAGGGUCAGGAGGUGGGCGAUCGACAGUCAUCGGCAGCGUGCUCAGGAGUCACAUCAGCACGCUGAAGAGCACGGCGAUGCUGUAGCGGCAACGGUAACGGAAGGGAUCAAGGGAGAUUCGAGUGCCAAACCGACCAAGCCGAAAAGUAAGCUCAAGCGUGCGCGGACAAAGGAACAGCAAGAUCCAGAUCAGACCCUGACGGGUACAGCCAUUGCCGAAGAAGGCGAUGAGGAGGCGGAGGAUGAGGGGGAGGGUAAUCUGGAGGAUGAGGUUCGGCCUUUCAGCCAUGCCUAA